CCUAAGUAGACCCAUUCGAUAAUGUAAACAGUGUACUGAAAUGAUUAUUUUGAUUUGUGUCUUAAUAUCGCUGUGGAAAAAUUUGAAUGCGACCCAUAUAGGACUUUUAUAAUGUCGCUACUUAUCCUCCCUAAAUAUUAAAUCUGUCCCUUCAUAGUUGAAUACACUAGCAACGUGUUUUCAAUAGAGAAUUAAGGGAAAGGAACUCUAUUAGUUUAUUUCUACCGCUCCAAUCCUGAAAUUCGAUCAUGUAUUUGUAUUGAAAUGUUGAUUAAUUUUGCUCAAUAACAUAUGUUUAUACCAAUAGAGAAUGCCACGAUAGACUAUUUUAUUAAGACCUUUAUUUUUUCCGAGGUCAUAUCUGUUGGAUAAUGUCUGAGGUGGGCCUGAUAUGAUAUGAGGUAACUCAGCAAGUUAUUGUCCUUUCCGAUAACUCGAUUAUCUUUCCCUGAAUACUCUUCAAGUGGGCAUGCGCAAAAAGCGGAAAUUUACUUCCGGGGACUACACAAACCAGGAAGUAAACAGCAACAAGUGAAAAUGGAAAGUAAAGAUUCAAAACUAAUAAAGAAAACGGGCAGGAAAACCCCUAAGUACUGUUGUAUUUGUAAAGGAAUUUACAGAGGAAAGGUUAUUGAUGGGAGAAAAGUGUCAUUGCACCGUUUUCCUCUGAACAAACGUUUAAAACGUGUGUGGGUGCAGCGAUGUAAAACGGUCAUGAGAUCGUUCCAGUGGAAUGAACACAGACGAUUGUGUAGUGAGCAUUUUGUUGGCUUCAGAGGACCUUCAUUCCAGCAUACACUUCCAUCUAUGUUUCCAACUGAGACUGGUGCUACCAAAACCUUCCAGCCAACGCUCCUUGAUGAAGACGUAGGUGAUGAUGAUGGUGAUACGGUCAAUGACGAUUUAGACCUAGAACUGUCAAAUGAUGAUAGUAUACAGCCACAACUGUCAUUUGUAUCCCCUUCCGGGCAUGCCAUUGAUACCUCUGUCCACCUGCAUGAUUACUGCAUGGGACCAGUACUACAGCCACAGAAUCAGUCCUUUAGAUGUUGUGACACACAGACUGAGAACAACUGUGCAGUGAUGGAAGUACAAACUGAAGAAAGUUUCCUGGGAAAAACAGCAGACUUCAGUUCACAAACAGAACAUUCUACUAGAGACUUUGGUGUACAAUGUCAGCUACCUAUGCUCACAUAUGAUGACGUAAAAUACAAUGACGAUUUGGUCAGUUUUUACACCGGAAUCCCUAAUCGAGUUGUGUUUGAAGCUUUGUUUGAUGAAAUCAAGGAUGAAGCUGAAGUGCGGACAUCAAGGCGGAAACUUAACUAUAAAGAUUCAGAUGGAGGACGGCCAAGAACUCUAAGUGUUCUGGAUGAAUUUUUCAUGGUGCUGAUGCGCCUACGUCUAGGUCUGUUAUUUGAAGAUCUAGGUACUAGGUUUUGCAUAUCCACUUCACAAUGUAGUGACAUUGUUGAAAGAUGGAUCAACUAUUUACAUGUACAAUUAUCCUUUCUUGUUCAAUGGCCAUCUCGUGAGGUAGUGAAAAAUAACAUGCCUGAACAAUUUAAAGAGAAAUAUUCUAACACUAGAAUUAUUAUCGACUGCACUGAAAUUUACAGUGAAACAUCCAGUUCUCUUUCUUUGAAAAGUUUAAUGUACAGUGAUUACAAGUCUCACAUGACUCAUAAGAUUUUGGUGGGUAUAAGCCCAAAUGGUGUUGUAACUUUUGUUUCUGACUGUUGGGUGGGCUGUACCAGUGACAAGAAACUCACAGAAAAAUGUGGACUCUUGGACUUGCUUGAAGAAGGAGACGCCAUAAUGGUUGAUAAGGGUUUCACUAUUACAGACCUUACUACUCCAAGAGGCAUUCAUCUCAUUAUUCCACCAUUUAAACAGAAAGGAAAACAAUUCUCUAAACGUGAGGUUCUCCUUACAAAAGAUAUUGCAAGUUUACGAAUACAUGUUGAAAGGCAAAUGGAGAGAAUCAAGAACUUUCGAAUAUUGCAUGGCAAUAUUCCUAUAACACAGUCAAGGAGAAUUUCUAAAGUGUUCAAAAUAUGCACAUAUUUGACAAAUCUAUGGCCACCACUUGUUCAAUAAUAACUCAUGUGUCAAUGAAAGCGUUUGUAUAUAUCAAGCAUUAGAUUUAGGGAUAAAAACUUGUAUACUUCUAACUAGAACAAUGAAAUUACAAUUUUGUUUUAAAAUCAUUUUUUCGAGCAAGUUAUAU